AGAUUGGUUGGUGAACAUUCUGUCAAAUCCUGACGGAGUUGCGCGAGUCCCUGGCCCUUUAAAUCAGUUAAAUUGUCUUAAAAUUAAUACCGCUAUCUUGACAUUUCUUUCACAACCGAGACCAUGUUUGCCAUUUGAAAACGGACUAUCGUGACACUGAUUGGAACGACGUGGACAGUCCCCCCCAAAAAUCCAGUUUCAGGUAUCAACUCGUCUGUGUUUUUUUUAUUUUUACAAACCCAGUAUUCCUGAACACAUCAGAGGGACAAUGAGUGAGCUGGAACAGUUACGGCAGGAAGCAGAGCAACUACGCAAUCAAAUCCGGGAUGCUAGGAAAGCCUGUAGUGACUCCACUCUUUCACAGAUCACAGCUGGUCUGGACUCAGUGGGCCGGAUACAGAUGAGGACGCGGCGUACUCUCAGGGGCCACCUCGCCAAGAUCUAUGCAAUGCACUGGGGCACCGACUCCAGGUUACUUGUAAGUGCCUCCCAAGAUGGCAAAUUAAUCAUUUGGGACAGUUACACAACUAACAAGAUGCAUGCCAUCCCGCUGCGCUCCUCCUGGGUGAUGACCUGUGCCUACGCACCCUCUGGGAACUACGUGGCGUGCGGAGGCCUGGACAACAUCUGUUCUAUCUACAGCCUGAAGACCCGCGAGGGAAACGUGCGCGUCACCCGCGAGCUACCCGGACACACAGGCUAUUUGUCUUGCUGUCGUUUCCUGGAUGACAACCAGAUUGUCACUAGUUCCGGGGACACAACCUGUGCUUUAUGGGACAUCGAGACGGGUCAGAUGGCCACCAGCUUUACGGGCCACGGGGACGUGAUGAGCCUGUCCCUUAGUCCCGACUUCAAGACCUUUGUGUCGGGGGCCUGUGACGCCUCCUCCAAGCUGUGGGAUGUCCGGGACGGCAUGUGCAGGCAGUCCUUCACUGGCCACGUGUCCGACAUUAAUGCUGUCUGCUUCUUCCCCAACGGCAACGCCUUUACCACGGGCUCGGACGACGCCACCUGCCGCCUGUUUGACCUGCGCGCCGACCAAGAGCUGAUGAUGUACUCGCACGACAACAUAAUCUGCGGCAUCACCUCAGUGGCCUUCUCCAAGAGUGGCCGUCUGCUGCUGGCCGGCUACGACGACUUCAACUGCAACGUGUGGGACACCCUCAAGGCCGAGCGUGCAGGUGUCCUGGCCGGUCACGACAACAGGGUGAGCUGUUUAGGCGUGACAGACGACGGCAUGGCUGUAGCCACGGGCUCAUGGGACAGUUUCCUCAGAAUCUGGAAUUAAACCCUCCAGCUCACGUCCUCCUCUCUCCCCCCUCCACCAUUCCACCCACUCAUACUGCUGGGUUUGGACUUGAGGGUGAACACUGUCUCCCACCACCAACGUCCCCGUCCACCACCUCCCACCUUCCACCCGUCCAAUCCACAGCCAGAGUAACAACUCUUUCUACAUUUUUUUUUUUACCCACCUAUUCAUUACACAGAUCUCUCAGUACCCACAGGUAGAAUGACCAAUCAAAGAAAAAAAAACAACCUCGCAUCCCCUCUUGUUUUUGGACAGGUGAAGCACUAGAGCGCAUGUUACCGUGGUUACCGCCAAAUUAGAGGACAGUCCCGUGUGUAAUAUGUAAAUGUAUAUAUAAAUACAGUAUAUAUGCAUAGCAUUGUGUGUGUGUGUGUGUGUGUGUGUAUAUAUAUGCAUAUAUAAUG